GGAACGUUUCGGGAACCUGGAGCCACGGAGGGGAACAACGUCAAACUAAAGGUUCGUUCUGCUCUUCAUUCCAGUCAGAUCCCGGUUCAGCCUGGUUCUGGUUCUGGUUCUGGUUCCUGAGUCCCAACGGAACAUUUUCAGACUUCAGGAUCAGUUUGUGCCUGCAGGGAGAGGAGAUGGAGGUUUGCCACACUGGAUUCUACACUGAGGACUUCAGCACGCAGGAAGUGCCUGCAGGAUUCGACUUUGCGUUUUAUGACUGUCCCGGUGAAGACCCGUCCCUCCUGUUGGACAUCCACUCUGCUCCGACUCUGAAUGUUCUGAUGGGACCGUCUUCCUCAGCAGGUUCCGCCGAUACCGGACUCUUCAACCUGGACUCACACCAGGACUUUACCUGGUUGUACCCGGACGACGGUCUGACUCUGGACCAGAACCAAGCUGGGUACCAGGAGGCCCUGCAGACCUACCAGAACCUGCCUCAGGCCGGACCGUUCAGCCCGGGCCUGGAGGGCAGCCACAGCCCGUUUCUGACCCGAAAAGGAGCCAACCCGUUCCAGAAUCAAAGUGAUCAGAGUUUCUACGACUCAGACGGACGCAGACAGGUUUCCUCCUUCUGGCCUGAAUAUUCACCUCCCAGCUUCUCCUGCACCCCGCUUCACCCUCCUCUUCCAUCAUCUUCAUCAUCAUCACCAUCAUCAUCAUCAUCCUGCCCCUCCAACCCUCAGCCUGCAGAGCUCUACUGCCCCCGUGUGGCCAAACGCAAAAACACACACCUGCAGAGGCCGGAGAGGGAGGGCCAGGUAACAGGAAUGUCAGCGUAUCCAGGUUCUGGUCCCAUCCAGCUGUGGCAGUUUCUACUGGAGCUUCUUCUGGACUCGGCCUGCAGGACCUUCAUCUCCUGGACCGGAGACGGAUGGGAGUUCAAGAUGUCUGAUCCCACCGAGGUGGCCAAGCGCUGGGGUCAGUGCAAGAACAAGCCGAAGAUGAACUACGAGAAGCUGAGCCGCGGCCUGCGCUACUACUACCACAAGAACAUCAUCCACAAGACGGCGGGCAAACGCUACGUCUACCGCUUCGUCUGCGACAUGCAGGGCAUGCUGGGAAAAACGGCGCAGGAAGUCCUGAGCAGCCUGAACGUCUCGCCCUCAAACACAGAGACAUGGCCGGCGUCCGGGGCGGCGGCGCCGGCCGAGCCCAGCGGCGGGCCCUGGUGAGGGCCGGGUCCGACAGGGUCCAACUGGGUCUGACCGGGUCUGA